AUGGCCGAACCGACACCGUCGCCAGUGACUCCGAAGGAGUACUACACGCGCCCGCUGCUCCUCUUCGGCUCGACAUGGAUGAAAUCGAUAACGACGAUGCAAGUUCUCGUGGUUGGGUUGCGCGGAGUUGGAGUCGACAUCGUGCGCACGCUCUUGGGCCAUGGCCUCAAGUCCGUCACGAUCCACGACGAUGACUGCGUCUGCGACGACGACGUUGCAUCGCAUCCUGUAUAUGCUCGAAUGGAUGUGGGCAGGAAGAAAUCGUCCGCCGUCAAGGACAAGCUCAGCGGCAUCGCUCCAUCGACAGUCCUUCUCACGCUCUCGGGGACGCUCACGUCGGAACUGCUCCUGCAUUACCAUGCGGUGGUGUUUUCGAGCGGGCCGAUGUCGCGCGAAGAAAUCGUGGGGCUGAGUGAAUUUUGCCACGCACAGACUCCCCCGAUUGCCGUCGUGGUGGCGGAGAGCCGAGGGUUGCUCGGGUCGGUCUUUGUCGAUUUCGGGCCCCAUCACAUGGCCAUGGAGGACGAAAGUGCCGCGUUUACAGUGGUUCAGAUGGACGUUGGCGCGGGCAACGUGGUCGUGCAAGAGCAAUGCGUUCACUUGAUGCUGCAGCCAGGGGACUUGGUCGAGUUUGCCUUUGCCCGCCAGUCUGGAACGGACGGCGUGACCAGCGACUUGACGUGGCUCGAUCGGCGGCAGUUUUCGAUUGCUCAAGUCGCGCCGCCAUCGACAGUGCACGUCAACUUUGGCGUGUCGCCGCUGUUUGUGUUUGAUUUGACCCAGCACUCGCGGCUCCGGGUCAAGAGAGUUCGUGGCUCGCGGGCCAUUCACCACACAUCGUUUCGGGAAAAUAUCAUCGCACCGCGCCUCGUCCAUGGCCCCAACCGCUCUUCCUCGAAUGAAGAGAGACCCGCUCAACUACACGCCAUCAUGCAAGGCUUGUACGCUUACCGUCAGCUCCACGGGUUCUUUCCCCAGUCCAACAACGUCCACCACGCGCUGGAAAUUCUGAGCUUGACAAGGGACUUUAUUGCCAAAACGACUGCUGCCGCCCAGUUUGGACCAACCGUAGUGCCGUCCAAGCCCGUGCCGGACGUGCUCGUGCACGACGUAGCUCGUGUUGCAUCAACUGAAUUCGCCCCGCUCAGUGCCUUGGUGGCAGGCCUGGCAUGUCGUGAGCUCGUCAAGUUCUGCGGGUUUGGCUGUCCUGUGUCGCAGCUGUUGUACCUCGACUUGGUCGGCAUUCUUCCGAAAGACUUCAAGAAGGAGCGGGUGUUUCAUGACCCAGCAGGACUAUCGUCCGACAGCAAUGCCAUGGCAUUAUUUGGGCGCGCGGCCGUGGACCGCCUGCGAGAUGCUCGCGUGGUUGUGGUGGGAUGUGGUUCCGUGGGCUGUCAAGUUGUCGAGAACUUAACUCGAAUCGGCGUGAAAAAUGGCGUCAUGGUCGACGGUGGUCGGGUCAAGCGGCAAGAUUUGGCCACGCAAUGUGGAUAUCGGGACGCCGACGUGGGGUCGAACAAAGCCCACGCUCUCCAAGUGCACCAUCCGUCGUGGACUGCGAUCCCUCUACAUUACCAGCAAUCUCAAAGCGUGCAUUUCAACGAGGCGUUUUGGCAGCCGACCGACGUUGUAGUGACGACUGUCGAUGCAAAUCACACGACAUUGCUCCUGGACGACGAGUGCUUCCUUUACAGCAAGCCAUUCGUUUUGGGCCAGUCGCACGGGUUGAAAGCAUUCACACAGUCGUUUGCUCCGCACGUGACGGAGCGGUGGGCCGAGUCAAAGCUCAAGACAGACCCCGCGUCAACGUCGCUGUUCCUGUUGGACCGCCUCGCCAUAUUCCGGGCGUCGAUUUCCCCAUCGCACAAAUCGCUCCCCCAUCAUGUAGACCACGCCACAGACCCAACUGCGUUUGAAAUCGACCACAUCGUGCAAUGGGCGCGCGCUGUGUUCGACAACACAUUUCAUCAAAGUCUUGUGUGCCUUCGAGCAGUCUGGACAGACAAAGUCGGAGCAUCUCGGGCCAAGAGGCGCGACCCCGCGUUUAUCCAACUGGCACACGACGCAUAUGAUCGGUACCAAGCGCUGACAUCGAUCUCGGCUUGUGUGGCGGCCGCGCAGUUUUUCUUAAAAGCGGUCUUGGCCCCCCAUGGCAUCGCAUUGAGCACUGCCACUCAUGGCGACCUCGUCGCUGUCGCUGCUGUGCUAUUCGGCCGCACCGUGUCGACAUUGCAACCGACUUGUCGUGACGUUAUCACUGCAGCCGUAGCUCCGUCUGCGCAGCCUGCGCUGUCACAAGAAGCGUUUCAGGCGAUGACAGCCAUUCAAAUGCAAUCCGUUGUGGAUCGCAUACGCCCCACGCCUUGCAACGUUAUGGACGAUGCCAACAUGCACGUGCACUUUGUCCAGCUCUUGGCCAACACCGUCGCCGCCGUGCACGGCAUCGCCCCGGCCUCAUUCUUUUGUUGUAAGGCGAUGUGUGGGUGCCGAGCAGAUUCGCUAGCCACGGCUACAAUUGUCGGCGCCCUCGCUGCAAUCGAAGCCACGAAAAUCUUGUUUCGGAAACCUACUGCAUUGCGGUCGUGCGAGUACGUCGGGUCCAGCGGGUCGCUGCACUUCCACACCCCUCGGCCACCAGCGGUCAUGGCAUCGACGUCCAUGGAUCGUUCACGGGGCAUGCCACUUCGCAUCUGCCCCGAAAACAUGACGCUGUGGCACAAGGUCGUGAUCCAGUGCACCGACAUCCCAAGGCUUAUCACUGUAGAAGACAUUCUGCGCCACUUGAAGGCGCUGUACGAAGUUCACGUCGAACGGCUCACGUGCCACAACAUGGAUAUCUAUGCGGCAAACGACCCCACGUCGCUGAAAUCAAACGUGUUUGAGACGUGCGCGGCGGUAAGCCAUGCUGUUCCGAUGAGAAAGCCACGCACGUUGCUGGUCACAGCGCUUUGCAAAGAUCACGACAGUGACGUGAUCUUGCCACCGAUACUUCUCCUCGCCCCGCCAGAGAUCAACAUCUCCCCCAGUCCGGGCGCCGACUGCUGA